CGCGCGGAGGCGCACGAAGGGCUGGAACUGGCGAGGGAGGGGUCGGCGGACCUUCGGCGGCGGGGCUGGAAAUGGGGCGAGGGGCCUCGAGGUAGCCGGAGCGGUCUCAGGCGGAGCGAGCCGGCUUGCAGGUUCGCACGUCAGGGCUAGGAGGAGCCCGCGAGUUACCUAGGGGUGUGUGGGGCUGCCCCGCGGCCGUUGAAGAUGCCGUACCUUGGUUCCGAGGACGUGGUGAAGGAGCUGAAGAAAGCUCUGUGUAACCCUCACGUUCAGGCGGAUAGGCUGCGCUACCGGAAUGUCAUCCAGCGAGUGAUUAGGCACAUGACUCAGGGCUUGGACAUGUCUGGUGUUUUCAUGGAAAUGGUGAAGGCCAGUGCCACCGUAGAUAUUGUUCAGAAGAAGUUGGUUUAUCUGUACAUGUGUACAUACGCCCCCCUGAAACCAGAUCUGGCUCUCUUGGCCAUUAAUACAUUGUGCAAAGACUGUUCGGAUCCCAAUCCAAUGGUUCGAGGGCUGGCGUUACGGAGCAUGUGUAGCCUCAGGAUGCCUGGUGUGCAGGAAUAUAUCCAACAGCCUAUUCUCAAAGGUCUGCGAGAUAAAGCUUCAUAUGUCAGAAGAGUGGCAGUCCUUGGUUGUGCCAAGAUGCAUAAUCUUCAUGGAGACUCUGAAGUGGACGGUGCUCUGGUAAAUGAAUUAUACAGUUUGCUACGUGACCAGGAUCCAAUUGUGGUUGUGAACUGCCUGAGGUCUCUAGAGGAAAUUCUGAAACAGGAAGGAGGUGUUGUCAUCAACAAGCCCAUUGCCCACCAUCUCUUAAAUCGAAUGCCAAAACUGGACCAAUGGGGCCAGGCUGAAGUAUUGAACUUUCUGCUACGCUAUCAACCCCGCAGUGAGGAGGAGCUGUUUGACAUUCUCAAUCUGUUAGAUAGCUUUCUCAAGAGCAGUAGCCCCGGUGUGGUGAUGGGAGCCACGAAACUCUUUCUGAUCUUGGCAAAAAAAUUCCCCCAUGUACAAACUGAUGUGCUUGUGCAAGUCAAGGGCCCUUUGCUGGCUGCCUGUUCUUCAGAGAGCCGCGAGCUCUGUUUUGCUGCCCUAUGUCAUGUGCGUCAGAUCUUGCAUAGUUUGCCCGGUCACUUUAGCAGCCACUACAAAAAGUUUUUUUGCUUCUACUCGGAGCCCCACUACAUCAAGCUGCAGAAGGUGGAGGUGCUAUGCGAGCUGGUGAACGAUGAGAACGUACAGCAGGUGCUAGAGGAGCUCCGAGGGUACUGUACUGACGUGUCAGCCGACUUUGCCCAGGCUGCCAUCUUUGCCAUAGGUGGUAUUGCCAAGACCUACACAGAUCAGUGUGUGCAGAUUCUAACAGAGUUGCUGGGGCUUCGGCAAGAGCACAUUACCACAGUGGUGGUGCAGACUUUCCGAGACCUGGUUUGGUUGUGUCCUCAGUGUACGGAAGCUGUGUGUCAGGCCCUGCCCGGCUGUGAGGAGAACAUUCAAGACAGCGAGGGGAAACAGGCACUUAUUUGGCUCCUUGGCGUCCAUGGGGAGAGAAUCCCCAAUGCUCCCUAUGUGUUGGAAGACUUUGUGGAGAAUGUGAAAUCAGAGACCUUCCCAGCUGUGAAGAUGGAGCUACUCACUGCACUGCUGCGCCUUUUCCUCUCCCGGCCUGCCGAGUGCCAGGACAUGCUGGGGCGUCUGUUACAUUACUGCAUAGAGGAAGAAAAGGAUAUGGCAGUACGAGACCGGGGUCUCUUCUAUUAUCGACUUCUCUUAGCUGGCAUUGAUGAAGUGAAGAGGAUCCUGUGUAGCCCUAAAUCUGACCCUUCUCUCGGACUUUUGGAGGAUCAGGCAGAAAGACCUGUGAAUAGUUGGGCCUCAGACUUCAACACACUGGUUCCAGUCUAUGGCAAAGCCCGCUGGGCAACCAUCUCUAAAUACCAGCGGGCGGAGCGUCAGGGCCCGGAGCUUCCUAACACUGCAUCCUUUGCCACUCCAGGUCCCCUGAUUCCUGAAGAGAGCAAGGAGACAGUACAGGAACUUCCUGAUUCUGAAGCCCUCAUGCUAGUCCCCAGUUGCCAGCUGACUGCUGAGUAUUUUGAGAAAACUUGGUUUAGCCUGAAAGUUGCUCAUCAGCAAGUGUUCCCUUGGCGGGGAGCCGUCCAUCCUGACACCCUCCAGAUGGCCCUGCAGGUAGUGAACAUCCAGACCAUCGCAAUGAGCAGGGCGGGCGCUCACCCGUGGAAAGCCUACCUCGGUGCUCAGGAUGACACUGGCUGCCUGUUCCUAACAGAACUGCUCUUGGAGCCCGAGAGCUCAGAAAUGCAGAUCUCUGUGAAACAAAAUGAGCCGAGGACUGAGACCUUGAAUAGUUUUAUUUCGGUAUUAGAAACUGUGCUUGGAACAAUUGGAGACAUAAAAUCAUAACAGAUUCUUGCUGCUUGUGCUAAGUGAGAUGAGUAGCUAUCAGAGUCCCUAGUUUUUCUUAUUAGAAUUCGCUUGUAAGUCCAGAUACUAUCAAAUGCAAAGGAGAAUGGACAAUCUCAGAAUCAGGAUUCUUAUGUUUUUGUCCAAAGACUAUUGACUUAUUCUUCUCAUACCUAUAGGUGAAUGACCCCAUUUUUCCAGGUGAUGUUGAAAAGGUUAAUGUUGGUAAGGGGAUGGGGAGGGGGUGAGGAUAGGAUUUGGAUUCUUUUCUAAUCCGUUUUAGGGAUUGUUUUACUAAUUAAAGAUGCCUGAUGUUUA